CAGCAAUAUAUUAUACAUGACAGACCAGUGAAGAGCUGUUUCUUGGCAAGAGAGCAGUGCUGAAUUUCUUUUACCAACCAUUUUAACAUUGUUCCAGGUUUACAAAGCAACAUGACAAAUGCCGCGGAGCGCCCUACACUGUCUUGUUCAGUUACGCUGGAAUGGCUGAAUUCACAGAACUGUGUUGUGAGAAAAUCUGCUCUUAAGAAUGUCAUUUUAAGGCUCAUCAGAAAUGAGUUCAGGGAAAUAUUUCUUGAAAUCCUGACAGAAAAAGGAACUUCUGUUAACAAAAGGUUCCAAUUGAAAGGUAUAACAGUUCACAAAAAAUUUAUGGCAGAAGGGAAAGCAUCGAUAAAUUUUCAACUUCAAAAAUUAAUUUUAUUGAUUUCAAAUGCACCACCGGUAAACCUUCUGACGUUCCUGAAGACCGUAUUUAUAAAAUUAAGUGCAGAUACUGCUUCUACCAAGGUUCCCAUUAAAUCUAGGUUACUGUCUGCAAAAGAUAAAAUAAUUCAAGAAAUAAGUCCAGUUACUCUGCAAGAGGUAAAUAAAGCAAAGGCAAAAGUAAGCUUACCGAAUACUGUAACUACACCACCAACUGGGAAGAAGAGGCCAUUGCAAACAAUGCAAGUAAUGGGCACCAAGAAAAUUCGGAUAGCCUCAGGUCUAGAUCCCUGUCCUUUAACAGAUGAGCAAAAGCAGGUGUUAGAAGCAGCUCUUAUGGGCCAAAACAUAUUUUUUACAGGUAGUGCUGGUACUGGUAAGUCCUACCUACUUCAGCGAAUUCUAGGAGCAUUACCUCCAGAUGUUAAAGUAGCCACAGCUAGCACAGGUGUGGCAGCCUGUCAGAUAGGUGGUGUAACAUUGCACUCAUUUGCAGGAAUAGGAAGUGGUCAGGCUUCCAAAGAACGCUGUAUUGAAUUGGCUACUCGCCCACAGGUUCAGCAGAUGUGGAGAAAAUGUCGUCAUCUAAUAAUAGACGAAAUGCCUAUGGUUGAAGGAGAAUUUUUUGAGAAACUGGAAUAUGUUGCUCGAAUAGUGAGGAACAAUGAGAGACCAUUUGGAGGAAUACAGCUUAUCCUGUGUGGUGACUUUCUUCAGCUUCCACCAGUUUGUCGUGAUGCAAAACCUGGUCAAGCAAAAUUUUGUUUCCAGAGUGCUGUCUGGGACCAGGUUAUACAUACAAGCUUUGAAAUUAAUAAAGUGCAUCGCCAGGCAGAUCCAGAAUUCAUUAAAAUCUUGCAAAAUGUACGGAUUGGCAGGACCACUCCAGAAAUUUCGGAUAAGUUAAUAUCUACGUCGAAACAUAAGAUUGAAGUGGAAGGAAUACUUGCAACAAGAUUGUGCAGCCAUAUGCAAGAUGCAGAUUUGAUCAACCGUACUAAAAUGGCAGAGUUGCCAGGUGAAACAAGAAGAUUUGCUGCUGUUGAUAGUGACCCAUAUAUAUCAAAACAGUUAGAUCAACAGACACCAGUUGCAAGUGUGAUGGCGCUGAAAGUUGGAGCACAAGUGAUGCUUAUGAAAAAUCUAAAUGUUUCGGAAGGCCUUGUGAAUGGUGCAAGAGGUGUUGUUACAAAAUUUAAUGAAGAUGGGAUGCCAGCUAUUCGGUUCUGUUCCAGAAAAGAGUAUGUUAUUCGUCCAGAUCGCUGGGUUGUGAAAGCUGCUGGAGGUACAAUACUUACA